AUGUUUACUAGCAGGGGGCCUGUCACGGUCAAGCUUCGACUGCAUCAUCGCGAGCAUUUUGGCCAGGGUUUCCUCGAAAUCCGGCUCAAAGAGGCAUCCACUUUGUUUGUCGCGGAAGCCGUCUCCAGCGAUGAUAAGUUUGACACUCAUGAGCAAUUGAAAUCCCCCUUCCAUCAGUCAAUGGGUUAUUUUGAGGAACCCCAUGUCGGAGUUAAAUUCCUAGAUGCCAACCCUGGGCUGUGUGGCCCUAUUUUUGAGGUAAGCCAGAGGUGCUGCGCGGUAGCUCAGCGGGUCGUGUUCAAGUGCCGAUAUAUCUGCUCCGUCGAGUCCUCGUCUUGGCCGUUAAGUUGGUUAGAAUGUCAAUGUAUUCCCCGGACACCCACGUUUUCCUGCCUCCUCGCCAAACCGACCGUCACAGCCCUCCUCCGUGAUUCUUUGCGUCCCAACCGUUUUCAGCAGCGGCGUGUUGCCUCCUACCUCCCCAUCUCAACUUCCCCUCUACCUAUUCUCGCUGCAGAACUCCACUACGUUCUUGUCCCUUUAGCCGUCUUCCUAGAUUAA